AAUUAUGUAUAAAUUCUCCUAGUGGGGCGGGAGCAGAGAUGACAAAACUCUGAUGUCUUUCCCGCCCCGAUAACACAAGAAAACGACGACGUUAUCGUCCAAAUUUCUUAGUCCCUUCCGUUUCCUGCAUUUCUCCCACUGUGCAAACUUUUCACGGGUUCAAAAGUCCUAGUGCAAAGAACAACAAAGGGAAAGCAAUCGCAGUCGCUAGAUUGAACCUAUCGUAAACUCAAUUUCUUCAUCGUCCGACUUACCCCACAAAACCUAGCCAUCUUAACCAAUUUCUGGGUUCAUAUCACAGUAAUCUGAUCAGCGAUUACUCAGUUUCAUGGAGGGAGCUGGAGAUGACAGUGGGGUACCUCUUGCUAAAUGGAGGAGUGAUUUUUCGAGAGCAUUUCAGUACUAUCUUGAUAGGUCAACCCCCCAUACAAUGCAUAGAUGGCUAGGAACUUUGGCUGUGGCGAUGAUAUAUAUUUUACGAGUUUACUAUCUUCAAGGGUUUUAUGUUGUUUCGUAUGGUCUGGGAAUCUAUAUUUUGAAUCUCUUGAUUGGUUUUUUGUCGCCCAAGGAUGAUCCUGAGCUUGAAGCGUUGGAUGGGGCUUCCUUACCUACCAAAGGUUCUGACGAGUUCAAGCCUUUUAUCCGCCGACUACCUGAGUUUAAGUUCUGGUAUGCCAUCACAAAAGCGUUUGUUGUAGCUUUUCUUUUGACCUUCUUCUCUGUAUUGGAUGUACCUGUUUUCUGGCCUAUAUUGUUAUGUUACUGGAUUGUUCUAUUUGUCCUCACAAUGAAACGGCAAAUCCUACAUAUGAUCAAGUACAAAUAUGUCCCUUUCAAUAUUGGAAAGCAGAGGUACACAGGUAAGAAAUCGACUGCAACUAGCAGCAAAGCAGCGGAUUGAGAAUGCAAAUGCACUAAACAAGGGAGAGGGGUCUGAUCCAAGGAUGGACUUUCCUAGCAGAUUUGAUACCAUGGGUCUGUAACUUCUGCAACAUGAACAGUUUGCACUAAAAGAAAUUUUAUGUUAGUAGACACGUCCUUGACAGUGUUAUAGAUUUUGUGAACUUUCUGGGACAAUUUAGUCGCUUUGGCCUGGGCUUCUUAUUGUAUAGUUAACAAAAUACAAUCAUUUAAAGAUGAUAAUGUUCAUUGUGCAUACUUGUUGGGUGAAAA